AUGGACGAUUUUGUGAUUGGCUUUAUCCCUGUCAUUGAUAUCAACACCCCCACUCGUCGAACAACUCUUCAAACGGAACCAGAUCACAUGAAAAAUCUUCAUAAUAGUCGUCUUGGCGGCAAUAUUUGGACGGCGACCGACCAUCCAGUACGUUGCGGAGAGUUUAACAGUAGUAACGCCGUCAAUGGCACAGAGGCCUCAACAUUAAUCCUAUUUAACAAUUUGAUCAGUUUAAUUGCUACAAGGGAAAAUGGUAUUAUGCCACGAUUUUCGCAAACGCUACUUCGGAGACGUUCCAGGUUGAUAUUAAGUAAGUGGCAGAGACAUCGGCGGAUUAAUAGAGAGGAUCCUCGAUCUUCCUCGCCACGCCGAGAGCCGAUAAAGGUGUCUACUUCUACAUUGAUCGAAUCAAAAAUGGGAAAUAAACGAAAUAAGAGCGACAAAGUAAAGAAUAAGCAUCAAGCUGUCUCACCAAAGCGGAGAAAGAUGCUGCCCGACACUACGGAGCAGACCAACCACCAAACAGAUGCCACUAAUACUUCAACUGCUGAACACACCAUAAACGGCUCUGAAAAUAUUUUUCCUUCGAAUACAUCAAUAACAGCAGGUACACCGACAACAAACAACAUCAUUGACACCGGCAGCACAGCACCGGCAUCUGAAUUUGAGACAGUACCACUCGGGGAACCUGGUCAAUCAACUCCAUCAAAUGGCCACCACGCUUCCUCCUCAUCUUCACAACCUAUAACUGACAUUGACACUAUCGAUGCUGAAAAUGGAAAAACAAAAGAUCCCGAUUCGGAAUCAGAGUGUGAAGAGAGUGUUGUACUAAUGGCUGGUGUCGCGCCUGAGCCUUCUAAUGGACAUGUUAAGGUGGUAGUGAAACGCUCUGAAAUCGAUCGAAAGAAACUCGAAGAUAUUUUACAAAAAGAUGGGGAGAGUGAUAAUGAGGACGAGACAAUGACUGAUGUUGAGCAGAGUAUAUCACCGGAACCAAAUUUUACACCUUCACAGCAAGAAGGAUUCUGUAUAGAUUGUAAGGACCAGGAGGCGUCAUAUUUUUGCGAACAAUGUAAAGAUGAAUUUUGCGAAGUGUGUUUCGCGAUGCUUCAUCGUACAGGCAAUCGGAAAAAUCACAUAACCAGGAAUUUAAAAAGUAAAACUUUGCAAGUACCAAGCAAUAAAUCCUUAGGAAAAGCUUCUACAUCUGCAAGUUCAUCAACUUCCGAUCUCGGUGUGGAUGACGAAUUAACUGGUUCGGAAAGUGAAUUCACAAAAACAGCAACAAUCAUUUCAAAUGGAGGAACAACAUUCGGUCAGUGGUUAGAAGAACGGUGCAAAUUUAUUCCAAUACGUUUAAAUAUGGAUGAACGGAAAAUGUUAAGAUUACUUGAGGCGGCCUUGAAUGUUUCAGAAUACACCGAUAGAAUUGAUAUAAUGUCAUUUUCUCCGCCGUCAGCUAAAGCCAAAAGGAUGGUACAUCAAAUUAGGGAUCUUUGUUGGAUCUUAUCUGGACUUUUAAUUGCUCAUGAUUACAAAAAGGGGCAAGAACUAAUUGCCGACCAUACAUUCAAAGAUAACGAAGAAUUCUUCAAAAUGAUAUUCGAGAUUGGAAGGCGACACAAAGUCAUGAACCCAGAAAAAAUGCGAGAUGUAUAUGGAAAAUUGAUGUAUAUGCUUAUGGAUUCCACCAUUGACGAUGUUCAACAAAUACUAGGUUUUGACAUGGUCAAACCAAUCAAAAACGUAUACGAGUUUCUUGUGAAACGGAAUUGUAUCGAACUACUCCAUAACGAACAUGUGGUAAACGCAACCAAGGAAAUUAUAGCAGAUGGGAAGUCACGAGAGCAAGUGCAGAGAGAGAUACGCGAGAAGGAACGAGCUAUCGAAAUUUUGAGUAGAGAUUAUCAGAAUUCUGAUAUUACUCCCGAUGAGAUUAAGCUGUGUUUAUAUAGUAUUGGAGAUAAUCACGCCUAUUUACGGAGUAAUCGUGAUUGCUGUGACCGUAUGCUUAAUUAUUUGUCAACUUAUUUUUCUCCAAGCAAAAUUGAUGAUGGGUACUCGUUAGCUAUACGCCCUGGAUCUCAUGGUGCUCGACUCUCUCACACUCAUGAGAUGCAAUUCUACUAUGCAAACCAAACACUUUCACUUUGGCGGGAAAUUCAAAAUGAAAUGUUCAUGCUCUGGACACUAGCGGAUCGUGACCUAUUAUCCGACACAAACACAUACCGUUUACGUGACACCGGUCAAGGUCUAAACAGGGUACAAAUGUGUCCAAACGUCUCAAAAGCUAUGCAUUCGAUCCUACAUCGUGCACAACAAAAAGCAAGAUAUUGGGUUGGUAGUUCGGUGAUUCAUCUUGGAGAUAAGAAUGUGCCUAACGCACUCAUGUUCAUAGACAAAUAUAAUCAAGUCGCACGAAUACUUAAUCCGAUUCUCAUCUGCCUAGAUUCAAUUGAACCGCUAAUACAGAAGAACGUCGGAAUUCGUAAUUACAUUAACAACACAUAUGGCGGCCCCGAAAAACUCAGAAAAGAUAUCCUGGCCGACUUUUUCCGGUACGCUUUUGAUGGCAGCGGCGCCGAUAAUUUCUUCGACGCAGGAAGCUGCAUUGACGGAAGGCUCACGAGUGCUUGGAAUUGGUGCUCGCAAAUCGAGAAGAAAGUGUAUUUCCCAGUGUUUCUGCUAACAUUGAAACGACUAAAGAUGCAAAAAAACUCGCACUGCAUCAAUAUACCAAUUUUCCUUCAAAUAUCUCUGAUUCCAAUCGCCACGGCAUUCUUAACAAUCAUACUGUUGUCAACUAUCGGAAUGGGAGGAAUCCUUUUAUCACCACUCCGGAUUAUUGAAAUAUUCUUGGGUUUCUUGAUCGUAUUUCAUAUUUUCGUGUUGUUACAUUUUCGAAUCAAAAAAGGUUAUUUCCCAUCGUUGAGAUCACCACAACGCAUGAUUAUAAUCAAUGAAGAAAAGAAUAAAAGUAAACUUUUGCAUCAACUUCAACCGAUAAUAGAACAGAUGGAGAAAAGAUUGACGACUCGCGGAGACUAUGUUCAGAUCGCUGUUGAGUAG